UCCGAGGGUGGAAGUAAGCAAAGACAGAGUCUCUGUUUCACAGGAAAGCAAACGUAGAAGGAAAAUAAGCAUAUUAUUUGUAAUUGCAAAACCGAUAAAUACGCGCACGCAGUAUGUCUGGACGAGGAAAGACCGGCGGUAAAGCCCGUGCUAAAGCCAAGUCUCGCAGCUCCAGAGCCGGACUGCAGUUCCCUGUCGGGCGUGUCCACAGGCUGCUGAGGAAAGGGAAUUACUCCGAGCGCGUCGGCGCUGGAGCCCCGGUCUAUCUGGCCGCUGUGCUCGAAUACCUGACCGCCGAAAUCCUGGAGCUGGCUGGCAACGCCGCCCGGGACAACAAGAAAACCAGGAUCAUCCCCCGUCACCUGCAGCUCGCUGUCCGCAACGACGAGGAGCUCAACAAGCUGCUAGGAGGAGUCACCAUCGCUCAGGGAGGAGUGCUGCCCAACAUCCAGGCCGUGCUGCUGCCCAAGAAGACCGAGAAGCCAGCCAAGAGCAAGUAAACCAGCCUGACGCACCGAGGAACAAGAGCAAAACAAAGGCUCUUUUAAGGGCCGCCUGGAUAGGAAUGCAUUCCAUGUAUACCACCUCAAUAUGUCUCGUUGUAUGUUUUUAUUUUGUUAUUCUACCUACUGCAGCAGUAAGAGUUUUUUUUUUUUUUUUUUUUUUUUUGUACUGAAGACGCUGAAAAAAAUGCAAUGUUUUAAAAAUGAUGUAUAGCGUUUAAAAAAAAAUGGUGCACGCAGAAUAAAUAUGAAGCAUUCUA